UGUCUGUCUGUCUGUGUGUUGUCUGUCUGUGUGCGUCUGUCUGUCUGUCUGUAAGCGCGGGGCACAUCGCUGAUUCGAAAACAUCUUGUGAACGCUCAGUACAAACUUUGGGAGGAAGUUUGGAACGCUAAAUUAAAUUUCCCCGUGGAAUUUUUUGGCCUUAAACUGACCGAGUCAACGAAGAGGGUGCAGUAGAAUUGAAGCAUCAUCAAGCGUGUGUUAGUCCCACGCCCACAACCACGCCCACAACCCCACACAUACACACCAGUUAUACACCACACACACAUACAGAUACACAUACAACUCCCCCUUACACAUACACACGCCCAUAACUACGCCCACCCGUCUACAGCAAUUUGACCUCCACGCCCACCGCCCACGCCCACCAUCACCAUGAAGCCAGCAAGACUCAGUUUCAUCAUCGUCAUCAUUCUGGGUUUAGGAACGUGGACAGAAGCGAACAGAGGAAAAGAGUCAUCACCAACUCCUGAAGACAAGAAGAAGAAGGACUGCGAGACGACCCACCUGCAGAAGUGUAUGGACCAGCUGCAGGCCAUCAAUAAGGACCACAACCUCGCCUUCGCCUCUACUGAAAAAGAGCUCAGCAAGAUGUGCAAUACCAUGAAAUCAGGACUCGACUGUGUACAUGAUCACGUGAAGAACUGUUUUGAGGACAGCCGCCAGCGCGUCAUCUACCAGCUGUUGACGGGCACUGAGGAUGUCAUCAAGAGCCUCUGUAUGCAAGGCAACUUCAGGGAACAGUACCUGGUCCACGCGGUGUGUAUGAAAAACUUGAGUACAGAUAACCUUGUGUGCGGCCUGCAGUACAAGAGGCUCAUCAGCUCCGUUAACCCUCCUGAGAAACUGGACUUUGAAGACUCCAUACGACAACAAUGCUGUGCCUUCCACAACUACCUGCUGUGUGUGACCUCGGCAGCAGAGCGAGAGUGUGGUACCCAGGCUGCCCACUUCAUUGAGGAGUACUCCUAUCGCACCGCCGGGCCCAUCAUCCAGACGCGGUGUAAGGUGUACGUGCCAGGGAGCCUGGAGUGCACCCACAGCACCGCCGCCCUCAGUAAGGGAGCCUCCUUCUUAGGUCUUUCUCUCCUGCUGGUCACGCCCCUCAUACUCCUCCGCCUCCUGUAGUCGACCACGCCUCACUCGUCUCCCUCCUCCUGAACGCCUUCAAAUGAUCUCAAGGUUAUACCAGAGCCCCCAUAGUAAUCCCUUAUCCCUUAAAUACCAAACAACAGCCUCUGCACAUCUUCAGAGAUCAUCAACACGAGUCCAGGUCACAUCACAUGUGUUAAGUGAUCCGCAAGUCACGACGGAAUCCUUAGAGAGUUUCUGGAUCACUACAAUACACCUUCAUGACCAGAGCAAGGACAAGAUGCCUCACUGUCGUAGCUCUUUGGAUCACCUUCAGUUAUUUCCACACUGCUGUGACUUAAAAUCUCGGUGAGGCAGCUGGUGGCAGAGUCAUCACGACAUAUACCGUGUGCUCGUACAUUACCACUUGGUCUGGUCUGUUGGUAAUACUCACGACUGUUGUUUCUCCAACUAGAUGCCUCUUACAGCUGGAUGAUCGCCCUACAUGGCCCAACCCAUCGUCGUACAGGACUCAGAUGACCACUACACCAACUGCUGAACAUCCUCCAGGUGUUGUGUCUCAGAGAACUACUACAGGAGAUAACACCCACAACACUGACUCAAGUGACAAACUUAAGUUCCUUCACAUUUUAUAAUUGACCUCCGAUGUUAGAGAUUGUACUGUACUGUACUGUACUGUACUGUAAUACAAAAGACAUCUUCCUGAAUAGGAUUGACUGAGCUUUUAUUGUCUUAUUCAUUAUAUUCUUCACCAUUCCAUCACAACAAGGUGUGGGUAACUCCUCAGUGUGUGUAAUAACACUGUACUAUGAUAGUGUAGGCAUUAAAUGUUGUGGUCAACAAGACAAGUAUUACACUGUGGCAACACAAGAAGCACUAGUCUAUAACUCCAGGAUGUAAAUAUACUGACUAUUAAUGAACAUGAUCAUAGAAUGAUGUAGAAUGAUAAGAAUCUGUGAUAAAACAAAUUAAGACAAUAGAGACUCGAGGCCGUCCUCAGAUGCUGCCAAGUGAGUAUAACCUACCCACCCACUGAUUGGUCAAGAUAAGUCACCGUUUUGGCUGAGGUCCCCUGUCAUCAUGAGAAGCUAUCUUAUUGGCCGAGGUCCCCUGACGUCACCAAGAGAAGCCCGCUUAUUGGCCGAGAUCCCCUGAUGUCAUCAAGAAGCCACCUUAUUGGCCGAGAUCCCCUGAUGUCAUCAAGAGAAGCCACCUUAUUGGCCGAGAUCCCCUGACGUCAUCAAGAGAAGCCACCUUAUUGGCCGAGAUCCCCUGACGUCACCAAGAAGCCCGC